AGUGAUUCACUAGGCGUAGUUAGCUACGUGGAGCAUCUCCAUAGCCAGAUUACUUGGUUUUCCGUAUAAUAAUACUGGUAACCUCGUUGUGUAAGUCUAAACAUGUAUAACGUGUGCUCCAGAAAGUGGAAUUAUAUUGUGAGUGUUUUGCUGGUUUGAAUAUUGGAGCAAUUUAGACGUCAUGAGUGGUUGGGAAAGUCGCACACACUCACAGUCGUCGCUGCAUUCAAAUCCGGCUAGGCUGAAGCAGGUUCACAAUGCACAGCAACACGGCAGUAGACCAUCAAGUUCGUCGGCUACCAGUAGCUCCAACGCAAAAGCUGGAUUUGGAGGCGGCAGCAACAAAAGCAUGACAAGAUCCCACCGCCAAAGUAGACACGAAAGAACAGGUUCGAAUUCUGAAUUGGGGUUCCUUAAACAAAGGACAACUCCUAAUUCCACGCCGGGUCACAUGCCAAAUUGGAAAUCAUGCCGACUGUGUGCAUUGACGUUCAAAAACCCAGCAGAUUUCUGCCUGCACUUGAGGGAGUACCACUGUACUAAGGAAGGAGGCUCAUUUGUGUGCCGAUAUGGGUUGAACGGUGUCUGUGCAACGCUGCCACUAGAGGGAGUGAGUGAUGGAGACUAUGAAUCACAUGUUGCAAAGGAUCAUUCCCUUGUUUCUCUUGCUGAUGCCUUAGGGAAAAACUCCAAUAGCAGUUCGUCAGACAGCCCCACCUCCUCUGUACCUUCUGUCGUCAAUGAUCAACACAAAUGGACGAUCUACUGUUCCCAGGUCAACCUCCCAGCUGUUCUUAACGAUCCCAGGAAAGCCAAGCGGGAACUGGACUUCUUGACCAAGACCUGGGGCGAGACAUUCGUGGAAAAAACCGACAUCUUGCCCUCCCCACAUUUACCUCACAUAACCAGGGCGCACUUUGAGACGUACUUACGCUGGACGGGUACUCGCUUAAAAGAUCACAAGAAGCUUGGUUCAUCAGUCAGUUCGGCAUCAGUAGAUCCAUCAGACCACCAUCAAAGUCCUGUCUGCAGAUUAAAAGAGCGAGGUAGCACAGAACUGGAGCAGAUCCCAAAGGUGUUUUUCCGGAACGACUUUGCCCUGGAAAAUCCAGACACUUUUGAGGCUGUGCUCCCCUGGUCGCAGUUCAAAGGUCAAAGGUUAAGUGACCCAGCAGCAGGCCAUCAAUCGUCAAAACUGCUUCAAGAAAAGCUGAGCCACUACUUGGACAUUGUUGAGGUACAAAUAGCGCAGCAGAUCUCACUGCGAUCCAAUGCCUUCUUCAAUGCAAUGGCAUCCCACGACAAGCUGCAGGAGAAUCUGGCAUCCACCUGCAGGGCCAUACGGGAGCUGAGGGGUAAAAUCAACAGCAUUGAUGCAAUUCUGGCACAGGGCAACCUGAGAAUACUCAAACUGCAAAUGUCCAGAGCAAAUUAUGUCAAAGUCUUCAACAAGUUGAAACUGAUGGCUACCGUCCACCAGACCCAGCCAACCAUACAGAUUCUACUCACCACCUCAGAGUUUGUGGGUGCAUUAGACCUCAUCUCCACCACGCAAGAGGUCCUAACCCAGGAGCUGUCUGGGUUGCAGUGCUUCAGGCACCUGGGCUCCCAGCUUGUUGAGCUGGAGAAAUUGAUUGACAAGAUGAUGACCCAGGAUUUUGCAAGAUUUACCGCAGCUGACCUGAACCGACCGAUUGAUGGACUAGAUCAUGUUGAUGAGGACAAGUUAACUGCCAUCGUUCUGGGCAUGCUAAGACAGCAUCGGUUCAGCUUUUUGGAGACCUACAGAGAAGAGGCUGCUGAAAGCAUCAAGGCACUGAUAAAACAGACCGUUGUGGAGGCAGUGUCCACGGCUGAUAAUGUGGAUAAUGAUGCCAACAUCGGAAGCCUUGCCGAUCAGAUGAGACUUCUCAGCUUCCCCCAGUGGCUGCACCUGUUCCAGGCAGUGUUUGAGAACCUGGGCCUUCUCUUGAUUAGAGUCAGGGAAACGACGAACAUCAUUAAGCGACUGGUAAAUCUUGCUGCAGGAUAUGACCCCGAUUCACCAGCCGAACCGGUGGUAACUGGUCCAGACCAGAAUGGACUGGUAGAAUGCGCCGAUGAAGCCACUGCAUUGGACAACGGGGACCAAGAUAUCGAACCUCAGCCUCAGCCUAGCAAGUUUGACGAGGUUGCAUCAACACCCGCAGAAAAGCUUGCCAGUGAUGUCGAUGUGUUGAUAGCCCCCAUAGAGCACAGUAGACUAAUGCAGUCUGUCCAGGAUCUCUUGCUGUUUGUGUGUGACUACGCCCAUGACCGAUGUCUGAAGCUUCUCAUAGCCCGAGGCAAGGAUGGAUUCCUAGAGCGCCUGAGUUCAGGUGAAUUUGUGUCUCUGUCACGUGCAAUAGAGAAGUUUGUUAGGAAGUGUGAAAGCAUCUGUGAACGGAGGAGCACAUCACUGAGAGGGGGCCUUCAGAAUCAGGCGAAUAAGUUCAUCAAUCGAUUCCAUGAAGAAAGGAAAACCAAAUUAAGCUUGAUCUUGGACAGUGAGCGUUGGAAACAAGCUGAGGUGCCUGCAGAGUUCCAAGACUUGCUGAGUGCAAUGGCCAAAGGAGAAAUUUCUCUGACACUUCUUGUCAAAGCUGAUACAGGAAGUGGAGAGAGAAAGCCGCUGGAACAUGUAGAGAUUGCAAACCAAAGAUACUCUGUUGUAGGGACUGUACUACUAUUGCUGAAGAUGGUAGCCGAAUAUUGCCAGUGUGCUAUUGACAUUCCGUCGGUCACUUCCGACAUUCUCACCCGACUGGUGGAGAUUCUACAGAUGUUCAACUCCAGGUCCUGUCAGCUCAUCCUGGGUGCUGGGGCCUUGCAAGUCGUUGGACUCAAGACUAUCACCACCAAGAAUCUAGCUCUGACAUCUCGCUGUCUUCAGCUGGUCACCCUAUUUAUUCCCAUCGUUAAGGAGUUCUUCACCCAGCGGUUACCUCCUAAAAUGCAGGGUCUACUUAAGAACUUGGACAAGAUUCUCAAGGAUUACAAUGACCAUGUGCAAGAAAUAUCUAACAAAUUGGUCAACAUCAUGGACGAUUCCUUCCGUCAGCUUUUAUCAACGUGGGAGGUGAAAGCCCCUGUUCCCUCCUCCUGCUUCCGAGAAGUCUGCAAGAGGGUACGGAAGCUCCACGAGGCCAUUGCAGAGCUGCUGCCCCCCGAGCAGAUCAAGGUGCUCUUCAUGAGGCUCAAUGUGUCCUUCAAGACUCACCUUAGAGACGCUCUCAUCCGGGUCAAGGUCAAAAACGACGGGGGUCCCAAACACGGGUUAGUGACAUCAGACCUGGCAUUCUACACUGAAUUCAUCCAGUCAUUGGAUGGUCUACACAGCAUCAUAGACAACAUGGAUGAUGUGUGGGAUUUGAGGUAGCAGUAUUUGGCUGCCAAGGCGGCAAACUAUUGAACACACCACAGUAAUUCAGCAACUGCACCAUAGAUGUUUAUUGAAGAUCCAGUGCCUGUCCUCGCUUGGCUUGGAUGGAGAUGGUACUGUAGAGCCUGGUCACCAUUACUGCCCGGUCACUGUUACUGCCCGGUCACUAUUAUGCCCAUUGGGCUUGGCGUAGAGUUUGCAGAAUGACGUGCUGCAUCACUGCAAAGUGUUAGAUCGUCAUAGAUUAGGGGACAGUCCUGCCUCAAUGAGCCAGUACAGUGUAUCAAAAAGGCCAGGUCAUUUGAAAACAAAGCAGGUGACAUCAGGCCAGUUGAACAUGUUCAGUUCAUGCGAGGCGGCAUGCCAAUUUGGCCAGCCUGGCACUUGUGAAUUUGAUGGUCUUGAAUGACCUACCAUAAGCUUCCAUUGAAGCAUGUGCUGUUGAAAUACUGAACUGGCUCAAAUUUGAUUAGGCAUAGGAGUUUUUUAUGCUCAGAGCCAACCUUGCAAAGAUUGUAAAAAAAACUACAUAUAUCUGUCAGAAAGUUUGCACCACAGUGUGAAACUUGUUUUUUUUUAUCAAAAGAGAAUAUUGUUGGAACACACAUCAGCUUGGGAAUCCUUGGCUCCUUUUUACCAAGUGACUUAUUGCAAUCAAAGAAUUUUGAAAUUCACGUACAAUGAAAACAUUUCUACCAAAGUUUGGGGAGGUUUAUGUAAAGAGUGUUUCUUGUGUCUGUCUAAAAAUUUCACGAUUACCUUUUCAUUCCCAUGCACGUAUACACGGAGUGCUUUUUUAGUGUUAGUGAGGAGUGACGUCAUCUAGGAGUAGACGUGCUACAUUCUGUGCACUAGCAGUGACUAGGGGAAUGAAAUACCGUAGUCUGCAUAAAGACACUGAGUAUCAGGAGUUGGUUGUGAUUGUAACAACCCCAUAUGCUCAUGUUGCUCACUUGGGGAUCUUUCAGCUGUUUGGAUGGCCUCUCUUCUACGGGGGUUGGUUCUUAAGGAGCUGGGGAGACCAAUGCAGUAGUAGGGCUAAGAUGAAGUGAAGAGAAAUCCAGUGUAAGGUCAUGUCCGAAACGGGCUUCCAGAGCUACGGCUAGGUCUAUUGUCUGCACGUCUCCACACUUUUCCAAUGGAGCGAAGACCUAGACCUACAUGUAGCUCUAGACAAGAGAUUCGGAUGCAGCCUAAGUUACAGUCAUCAAGACGAAAGAGUACGUGGACACUGUGUGUAUAGCUCAACUGUGUGCUAAAUGUGAAAGUAAUCAUUGAAGGAGACGCCAGCUGGGUUGCAAUUCAGCGUGUGUUUGCAACAAAAUUGGGGUUAACAUCAGUAUUGUUGUCUGACAAAAGCUUGUAACAUUCCACCGGAAACACUGCUUGCUGAAAAAGGAAGCAAGUGAUGUUUAGGCUGGGAAGUCUGAAAAUGUUGGACGUACUCUCGAGGUGAGAAUGACUCACUUUGAGCUGACGAAAGACUUCCUGGUUCCACUGGGAACAGAUUUAAAGCUGGGAGCAUUGACAUGCAAACAAAGUUUUUCGCAAGGAAAGUUGUUGACAGGCACAGAAAGAUUUUUGUUCUGAGACUUUGUUCCUAUUGCAGUAUUCUCCUCGAGUCCAUCACAAGUCCAUCCAAGUCACAAUCCACUCAAAUGAGCUGUGACAAAAUCAUUCCAUUGUCGUUCACCCUGUCACUUAUUUAUGACUGGUCUUAUGGAGGGAUUUGAGAUGAACUCAACCACAACUGUCGUAUUGUAAAGAUAACGAGCAGGGUAACUAGUAAGAAAAUCCAAAAUGCAGUUCCAUAGCCAAGUACAUUCACAACUCAUAAAAGAUGUUCAUGCUUGUAUACCUGCAGCAACUAAUAGUUACCACCUAUUGUCUGUUUGUCUCGGAAAGUGUACUUCAACCAGUAAAAACUCUUAUUCUACUCCGUGACUCUUUGGUCGAGUUUGGGCGGCCUGUUCUUGACGUGGGUUUCUUGUUCUCGCGCCCGAACGGCGGGAACACGACU